UCGAAUUGUUGUGUUAGUUUUUUACGCGCAUACACGUUAAAACUUUAUUAAAACUUUCGCGAAUACAUAAUUCAAAUUUUUACGCACUUCUCAAUUUUUUUAUAUUUCUUAUAUUUUUCUAUUUUCUCGAACUUUGUCACAGCUUAAUACGCAUUGACUUCUUUUAUAUCUAUAUCUUAAAUAUUUUUAAUAUUUAAGAAAAAUGUCAGACUCAGAAAAGACAAAAUAUUUUUAAUUGUGUUAAAUUAAUACUGUGUUAAUAUUAACGGUGUGAAAUAGAAUGAAAACCAAGAAUUAAAUGUAACAAGUAACCGAAAAUAAAGAUGAUCUAUCAUCGACAAUAUGUUGGCUUGCUUUUGCAAGUAAUCUAUUUUAUCGCGAAUUGCCUCGCGGAAAAUUUAAUACUUAAUGUAAACUAUAAAAAACCAAUUGCCGUAACUAGUGACGCGUUUCUCAGUUUUACAUUGGAUCCAGCAACGUUGCUGCAUAGCACCGAUGCACUCACCAAGAAUAUCGAGAGAAGCACAAACAUGGCCCGAGGUUUGGUGCCUGCCUACAUUCGUCUUGGAGGACCACAAAGCAACUCUUAUAUCUUCGAGAGAGCAUAUUUACAUAAUGCUGAUGUCGAUUCAAAUAACACGCUUUUUGAAAAGCAGUGGACACUGAUACACCAAUGGACGAAAAACGUCGGAUUAGAUUUGAUCAUAUCCAUCGCACCUCGAUAUAUCGAGAAUGAAUCAAAAAUGCAUUCCAAAAAUUCAACGAAUAUAACGGAGCUUCUCUCUUUUAGCGAUUUCAUGGGUUACAACGUCAGCUGGCAAUUGGGUUAUGAAUGCCAAACUAAAUGCAAUCUAUCCGGUGGAGAUCUAGGACAAUAUGUCGCAAAUUUUCGUAAGAUACUGAAGACUUUCCCGAGAUAUUCAAAUAGCUUAAUCACGGGACCAGAUAUCGUGGCUUAUAGAACAGCGCAGGAACAGAAAUAUCUUCAAGAUUAUCUGAAUUCGGCAGAUGCUGCGCUUUCGGCGAUUACAUGGCAUCCUGAUUUCGCUAGUGUCUCUUUAAACAAUGACAGUGUUUCCAUGCAUUACGAUAAUAUGAUUGCUGAUAAAAACGAGCUAUACAAAAUCAUCAGUCAUACGGCGAGGAAAAAACCGUUAUGGAUUGCGGAAUCAAAACCCGAAAAGUUUAAACACGAAUAUUUAGGAGCGCUUAUUUGGACGACAAGACUUGGAGAUGCUGCAAAACUCGGUGUACAAGUUUUAAUGAGACAACCAUCAAAUUUUUAUAAAGCAACUCCUGAUUAUUGGGUAUCUUUAUUGCACAAGGCUUUAGUAGGACGCCAAGUUUUGGAAUUGAAAGUUCAUUCAAACAACGAUAGUUAUGUGCAUUUGUACAGCCAAUGCACGAAACCUUCUGCGUUGUACGAUAAAGGAGCUAUUACGAUUUUUGGUGUAAAUUUGACGCCGAAAGAAGUGACCGCUAAUCUAAAAGGCCUCAAAAUUGAAACUCUUCACCAAUACAUUCUGUCGCCAGAUUCCAAAACUGGCAACAAAUUACUUUCAGAGAAAGUCUUGUUAAAUAAUAAACCACUCGAUUUAAUAAACGAUAAGAAGUUACCUAAUCUCAACCCAGAGAUCAUUAUCAAGUCUGAUGGUCUUGAAUUAAAGCUCUCUUCUGGGAACAUAGGUUUCUGGGUUAUACCUAAUGCAAAGGUAAAAGCUUGCGUUUAUUCUGAGGAGGAAAUGGCCGAAAACAUUACACAAAAGAGAUUAUCGAAACGACAUAAAAAUAUCAUUCAACAAGACAAUCAAGAAAGAAAGAUUAAUAAUAAUAAUAACAUGAAACAUUAUCAGCAUUCAAUGCAGGAAUCUGAAAGAAUAAAGAGAGAUGUCGGCAGGAAAUUAAUCGAGAUAGGCCCGAGGAUGGACAAUGUUUUGAAGAAACGCUUGAGAUUUGACAACGUAAGAGAUAAUAUGAACGAGAGGAAGACGAAGCGGAAGGAUGAUUUUAGAAGAGAUGAAUUGUUGACACCAUUCAAUCCAAGGGCCACCGAUAGCGACGAGAAUAAUUUCUACGGCUUCUUCCGACGUAAUCCUAUCAAAGGAUUCCCCGAAAGCGACAUUUUUAUCACCACUGGAGACUCGUCGGAGCAAAAUAGCAAAGAUUACGAUUAUGUUCAAGAUGAAAACGAUGAGAACGAUUCAAAGAAUAUGCAGCAUACAAAAGAAUUGACGCAAAAGCAUGUAGAAGAUAAUACAUGGAUAGAAAUGGAAAAUGAUCACGUACCUAACGAGUUCUUUGAAAAUGUCAAGUUCUUUAAUACAAGAAUCAAAGAAAAUCCGAAAAGCUAUGGCGAUCUGUUGGAAGCAGAAUUUUUCCCACAAGAACAACUAUCUGACGAGAAAAAGAAAAAACGAGCUAUAGAAAAGGGCAUGCAAAAGUUGGUUAAUUACUACGAUUUCAAAGAACAAGAACAUGAUCGUGAUAUAAAAUACGAAGCACUAGGUCUUGCUUCGAGACGUUCUUCGAUGCCAUUGAGUCAACUUGUCGAAACCCCAAUUUACAUCGAUCAUCAAGCGUCAAAUAUAAAACCUGAAGAAAUCAAACUGAAAGUAGAAUCAGGAUUAAAAGCUUCGAGUUUCUUUUAUCAACCUUCUCAAACUGCCGCUGUAAAUUCUAAUUAUAACAAUUACAACACUAAAAAUAUGAAACACGAGGAAACCAAUGUAAAUAAAGAAAAACUUUUAGCCGUGAAUAUAUCAAAUAAAAGAAAUAAUAUUAAUACAGAAACAUAUAAGUUUUCUCGAUCUGCUGAUAUAAAUACGGAAUACCCUAUUUUUCAUAAUAGAAGAGCGAAAAGAAGUAAUCGGGCGAAGAUUCAAAAAAUCCUUGCUGAGGAAAUGAUUAAAGAAAACGAAGAAAAUACGAAAGAUUGCCAUUGCAGAAUCAUCCGAGCUUCCCAAUCGAAGAAGCUUUGUUAUUGUCGUGUAAAACGCGAUAAUCAAAUAUUUGCAGAUUCUUCUUCGGAAAUAAAAAGUGUAAACAUAGAAAGUGUGCAUUCAGGGAGAAAUGUUGAAAAUUCUAUGGCAAAAGAAGAAUACGAAAAUAUUAUAACGGGAGAGAUACUUCCAAAUACUAGUGUCAUCGAAUCCGAUUAUGAAGAACGUGAUAUAACUACAGGAACUAUAACCACAGAAUCAAGUACGUUGGAUUAUAGACCAAGCUACGAAACGCAGACGAUCGAUGUAAAUUCGACAUCAAUAAUGGAUAAUUCUGAAAUAAAUAAUACUUCGGAGCAUUAUUAUAACGUAGACGAAUCUAAUAUCAAGAAGUUUAUGGUAAAUUCAGAAUUUUCUCCAAAUAAUGGAGAGAAUUCAAAUAACAAUGAUAUUGUUAACAAUGGCAUUACAAAAGAAAUGUUAUUUCGUAUCAAAUCACCAGACAUCCAAUCGGAAAACGAGAAAACGACGUAUGAUCCUUCUCAGAUUGUUUCCAAGAUGCUUUCGGAUAAUAAAAGCAAUCCGCAAGAACUUAUUGCCUCCACGACUGAAUGCGCACAGGAAACGACCCGUGAAAAAACGCAAAAUCUCAUUAACAAGAAGAAAAAAACCGAUAGUUAUUCAACAGUUACCGAAAAUCAGAAAGACAAAAAACGGCGCGACAAUAACUAUAAAAUUAGCUUAAAGUCAACGAAUUCUUUCGAAACGGCGCAAAGAAUUACCAAAGAGCAGAUAACGAUGGAAACAAUUUUACCUAAACAGAUAACAGAUACAGCAGUUGAUAAUUCAGGAUCAAACGAGUCAAAAAUAAAAUCUGAAGAUAAUAUACAACAAAAUGUAGAAGAUAAUCAAAAUAAGAAUAAUCAAGAUAUUGAUGUAAAUUCGACAUCAAUAAUGGAUAAUUCUGAAAUAAAUAAUAUUUCGGAGCAACAUCAUAACAUAGACGAAUCUAAUAUUAAGAGAUUUAUGGUAAAUUCAGAAUUUUCUCCAAAUAAUGAAGGAGACUUAAAUAACUAUGAUAUUGUUAACAAUGACAUUACAAAAGAAAUGUUAUUUCGUACCAAAUCACCAGACAUCCAAUCGGAAAACGAGAAAACGACGUAUGAUCCUUCUCAGAUUGUUUCCAAGAUGCUUUCGGAUAAUAAAAGCAAUCCGCAAGAACUUAUUGCCUCCACGACUGAAUACGCACAGGAAACGACUCGUGAAAAAACGCAAAAUCUCAUUAACAAGAAGAAAAAAACCGAUAGUUAUUCAACAGUUACCGAAAAUCAGAAAGACAAAAAACGGCGCGACAAUAACUAUAAAAUUAGCUUAAAGUCAACGAAUUCUCUCGACACAACGCAAAGAAUUGCCGAAGAACAGAUGACGACGGAAAUAAUUUUACCUAAGCAGAUAACAGAUACAGCAGUUGACAAUUCAGGAUCGGAGAAGUCAAAAAUAAAAUCAGAAGAUAAUAUACAACAAAAUGUAGAAGAUAAUCUAAAUAAGGAUAAUCAAGAUAUUGAUGUAAAUUCGAUAUCAAUAAUGGAUAAUUCUGAAAUAAAUAAUAUUUCGGAGCAACAUCAUAACAUAAACGAAUCUAAUAUCAAGAUAUUUAUGGUAAAUUCAGAAUUUUCUCCAAAUAAUGAAGGAGACUUAAAUAACUAUGAUAUUGUUAACAAUGACAUUACAAAAGAAAUGUUAUUUCGUACCAAAUCACCAGACAUCCAAUCGGAAAACGAGAAAACGACGUAUGAUCCUUCUCAGAUUGUUUCCAAGAUGCUUUCGGAUAAUAAAAGCAAUCCGCAAGAACUUAUUGCCUCCACGACUGAAUGCGCACAGAAAACGACUCGUGAAAAAACGCAAAAUCUCAUUAACAAGAAGAAAAAAACCGAUAGUUAUUCAACAGCCACCGAAAAUCAAAAAGACAAAGAACGGCGCGACAAUAACUAUAAAAUUAGCUUAAAGUCAACGAAUUCUCUCGACACAACGCAAAGAAUUGCCGAAGAACAGAUGACAACGGAAACAAUUUUACCUAAGCAGAUAACAGAUACAGCAGUUGACAAUUCAGGAUCGAAGAAGCCAAAAAUAAAAUCAGAAGAUAAUAUACAACAAAAUGUAGAAGAUAAUCUAAAUAAGGAUAAUCAAGAUAUUGAUGUAAAUUCGAUAUCAAUAAUGGAUAAUUCUGAAUUAAAUAAUAUUUCGGAGCAACAUCAUAACAUAGACGAAUCUAAUAUUAAGAGAUUUAUGGUAAAUUCAGAAUUUUCUCCAAAUAAUGAAGGAGACUUAAAUAACUAUGAUAUUGUUAACAAUGACAUUACAAAAGAAAUGUUAUUUCGUACCAAAUCACCAGACAUCCAAUCGGAAAACGAGAAAACGACGUAUGAUCCUUUUCAGAUUGUUUCCAAUAUGUUCUCGGAUAAUAAAAGCAAUCCGCAAGAACUUAUUGCCUCCGCGACUGAAUACGCACAGGAAAGGACCCGUGAAAAAACGCAAAAUCUUAUUAACAAGAAGAAAAAAACCGAUAGUUAUUCAACAGCCACCGAAAAUCAAAAAGACAAAGAACGGCGCGACAAUAACUAUAAAAUUAGCUUAAAGUCAACGAAUUCUUUCGAAACGGCGCAAAGAAUUGCCAAAGAGCAGAUGACAACGGAAACAAUUUUAUCUAAGCUGAUAACAGGUGCAGCAAUUGACAAUUCAGGAUCGAACGAGUCAAAAAUAAAAUCAGAAGAUAAUACACAACAAAAUGUAGAAGAUAAUCAAAAUAAAGAUAAUCAAAAUAUUAAAUCCGAAGCUGAGACGCAGUUAAAGAAAAAUAUCGGCACAAAGAAAUUGAAAACUAUAUUUCGUACAACGCCAUUGAGAGGACAUGCCAGACGUGAGGAAUAUUUGAACAAACGCGUCGAGCAGACCAAUAAGCUGAAGGAAAAGCUGUACGCAAGACGGAAGAGACUAUUGCAACAGUAUCGCCAUGAAUUAAUGAAAAUUGCCGACGAACAGAAGCGGAAUCUGAAAAGAAGAGAAACGUGGGAGAGAUUUCGCGAGAACGAUGAUCUUCGUCAUCUGAUCGAUCAGGGAGAGUUCGUUGGCAUUCUGAUCGACAACGACAUUAUUUACAAGGAUAAUAAUAAUGAAAAAUAUGAAAUUCCUGUCAAACUUGUUCCCAAACAAUAUGAAAAUAUUCCUGAUCAAAUAUAUACACUUGCGAAAGUAAAGGAAGAACGUUAUCCAAAAUAUAAUAAAUAUUACCAGUUUCCUCGACACUUGGAAGUAACUGAAGAUGAUGGAGAAUCAACGUUUAUAUCUUCAGAUCGCAAAUAUAAUCAAUAUUAUGAGCAUCUUCCAAAAAUAAUCAAAGACGAACAGGAACUAGCAAAAGCGUCUAGAUUUUCGGAUCAUGAACAUAAUCAAGAUCGUCGAUAUUUUGAGAAAAUGAUUGAAGAUGGGCGAGAAUCAAAAGCAGCUUCUAAAUCUUAUGGUCGUAGAAUCUUUGCAAUCGAUCCUUCAACGUAUCGUGGGGGCGAGCCGAUAUUACAAUUGCACGAAAACCACUCAAAACUUCCGAAGUAUUAUUCAGAGAUUAAAUACAAAAAUCAAAAUCCAGUUCCAAGAUGGAUCUAUCAAGUUCUUUCGAAAUCGAUACUUAGCGAAGACCAACGUCAAGCUUCCAAGUUACAAGAAUACAUGAAGAAAACAUCGAUUAAAAAUGAUCAAGAAAAUGCUGAUGUCGAUUUCGAAUUAAAUAAUAUUUAUAGAAAUCUUGAAACGGAGCAUGAUAAUUUAGACAUGCCUAUAGCAGAUGAAAGAAUAAAAUUGACAAAAGAUGUGAGAAUUGGAAAAUAUAUAGAAAAUGAAAAAUUUGUCGAUUCUCAUGAUGAAAAAGAAGAUAUAUUAAAUAUUGAAAAAACUAAAGAUACUAAAAAUGCUGAAAAAUUUAUGAGUCCUAAAAAUAUUGAUACGGAUAAAGAAGAAAUGUUAAAUAUAAGAAAAUUUAAGGAUAUUACAGAGUCAGAAUCUAAAACGGAACAUUUGAAUGAUAAAAGAAAGAAUAUAACAAAGAAUAUAUAUAAAAUAGCUAAAAAUAUUCAAGAAAUUAAUAAUUUAAAUGAGAAGAUAGAAAAUGAUAUAAAUACUAAGAUGUCUAAAAAUAAUGAACCAAUCAAAGAUGUUGAAAAAAUUAUUGAUAACGAUUCUGAAUUAAGCAAACUUGGAAAUGCAAGAACACGAAGAGAUAUCAAAAAACAAAGGAGCGAUGAAUAUCUAAAGGGAUUGUUAUACUUCCUAUUGACAAAAACAAAUACACGAGACGGAUCAAAUUAUGACACGUACGAUCACUUGAAAGAAGACUCCGAGGAAAUAUUUAACAAACAACCAAUCCCGCUUUAUCCGUUUACAAAAAAUGAUGAAUCGCCAUUAAACAACGUCCUGUUUCGAAAAUCAAAAAAUUGCUUGACUUCCUCGGAGAGAGACUUGGAAAUCAAUCAAGAUGAGAAAGAUAAAUCACCAAACUAUAUCGUCUUUAUACCGACUAAGGACAAGGAUUCGUAUAAGAUGUUAAAAAUAAAAGAUUAUGACGAUUCGCUAGAAACUAUCGAGAUCCCUUAUUCCGAUGAGAAUCAAUAUUUACUACAAAAAAUAUCAGAUUCAAUAAUGGGAUAUUCGGAUGAUGAAUCUUCAGAAGAACUUGUAUAUGAAGAUCUAUCGGAUCUGCUAAAUGAGAGAAUUGAAAAUAUUUCAGAUAAAAUAAUUUAUUCAUCGGAAAGUGUGCAGGAUGUUUCUGUAGAUGUCAAAGAUAGUGGAAUUAACGAUGAAUCAGAAAAAGAAGACGAACAAUAUAAAAGCGAAGAGAUCAGAUAUUUAGAAAUGAAAAACCAAAUGCGAUCUGAUGAAUGUGGAAUGGUUUUACUAUUUCCCUGGGAAGAAAAUGAGAAGAAAAUAAGGCAGCGAAGAGAGAUCAGAAACAGGAUCAAUGGAGGCAAAAAUCAAAUGGAAAGCGAGAAAAGAUAACUCCAAAGUUACAAAAUGCUGUUAUCGACGGCUUGGAAAACACGCAAAAUACCACGGAAUCUGUGG